AACAACAACAACAACAACAAUAACAAGAAGAGGCAGAACCAACGACGCGGUAACAGCCUGGCUUACUCAUCUAAUGCAGUCAACAAUCUGCUACUAUGCACGAGCAUCAAACCAACAUGUCCUACAACCCUGUGAAGCGCGUGGUUGUGUGUGUCGAUAGUCCUUGGUACGACCCCAACGGACAUAUUGUUCGACGGGAGGGUAAUAACAGCAACAUUUAUCGCAUAUACUCAACCGUCAAAGAAGGCACAUUUGUUCAGGAUAAUAGGGCGAUCAAGCAAGUAGCAUAUUACGAAUCUGGUGUCGGAUUUGACAAGCAGCCUCUUGAUACUUUUAACGACGGCAUAACCACGACCCAAGAAGCUUUGGAUAAUCAAGUCAACAGAAUUUUUGCUUUCUGCUGUCAACAACUCAGCGAGUCUACUGAUGAGUUGUGGUUGUAUGGCUUUAGUCGUGGUGCCUAUGUUUUACGAGUCGUUGCAGACCUUUUUCACCAGCUCACCACAACUCAAACCUGGGAUGAGCGUGAGUAUGAGCAAAGAAUCAGUCUGUUGCCUUCUUUUCGCGACUCUCAACACAAAGCACAGAGCGCGUUGAAGGCUUUUCGAUACAUAGCUGCUAAGUCCUGGGGCAAUGAACCUGUAAUCCAUUUCCUGGGUCUUUUGGAUUGCAUAAAAAUUGGGCGAGAAUCAAGACCACAGCCACCCUUCUUGAAGUCAACUCGCAUCCUUCGCCAUGCCCUCGCCCUUAAUGAGACUCGUGGUUCUUUUCAACCCUGUCUCUUCGGUCCUCUCCCGGCGCUUUCUCCGGAUCUGGCACACCGCUCAAUUAUCGAGGCCUGGUUCAUCGGUUCUCAUGCUGACAUUGGUGGCGGCUCACAAGAGGACGGGCUGUCUCUCUAUCCUCUGCAAUGGAUGCUAUUGGAGAGCCGAGCACAUGGGCUCAUCUUUGAGCCCUCCUGGGACAAUCAGAGUAUCACAGAGGAGCCCUUAGGGCUCGUAUUUCCGCUUGUUCCAGAUCAGGAUACCUCGAAACCGCAGCAGCCUCUGCAACCAUGGACUUUUCGGUAUAAAAAUGGUAUCGAGAUUGAAAUGGUCGACAUAAGGUCGUCACAUCGCCAUGGCAACCUACAAGCUAGUAAAAAGAGCAUAUUACAAAAGAGGUUUACACGGAGGAGGAACCAGAGUGAUGACAGCCAGUCGUCGAUUGGCCAUCCAGUGUGCGAGCCACCACGCAAACCAUCAUGGAAAGAUCGUUUCCGACUCAACAGGAAAGCGAGCAAGUCAUCGUUAAAUUCGGUCACCUCAACACAAUCGAGGAAGGAUUCCGAUAUCGAUUCUUUAUGGGCACCAUCCCUGAAGUCUGAAGUCGUCGAGGUCGGGCCUCGUCCCCACGUUGUCCAAAUCAACUCUGGAGCUGCUUUGCUCUCAAUGUUCUCUGCGUCGAGGGAGGUAUUUGACUCACGGGGACUUAUUGGUUACUUAGAUAAUACUCCUUGCGGUACCAUCAUACACCCAUCAGUUUACUUCGUAAGCGACGUGUACGACCGUCUGGGUUUUACGGGCGAACUUAAUCAAUAUAACGAUGGCUUAAGUACUUUCAGGGAUUCCAGCUUCGUUAAACAAGAAGUUCAAGGGAGCGCCUAUAUGGAUCCUUGGCGGGCUACCCUCGCCGAUUUGGGGGGUCCAGAGCUCAAGAAUUGCCGUGUCCUCGUAUGCGGUAGGGCAGGCGUCGGGAAGUCCACGUUGAUCAAUAAAGUGUUUGGUUCUAUUGUGACGACGGAAUCGUCUAAUGAUCAUGGCAUUCACGAUGUGGAUGAAGGAUUCGAAAUGGACACUUUGCCUGGACUCAUUGUUCAUGAUUCAAGGGGUUUCCAAAGUGGUGCGACUGAAGAAAUUGAGCUUCUAGAAAGAUUCGUCAAAAAACGAGCAUCAGCGGGAAAGUCCGAAGAUAGGCUUGACGCAAUAUGGUUUUGCAUCGAUGUACCAUCAACUCGAGUUGUGCACGAGGCGGACAAGAAAAUUUUCGAAAUUCUUGACAAGUACGCUCGGGCAGUUCCUGUCAUCAUUGUUCGAACCAUGAAAGACCGAUUUAUCAACGAACACUACGGAGCUGCGCGCGAACAACUAGAAGAUGCGGGAUGCGUUGGCGAAGAGCUUGACCGUCGCGCCCGUGCGCAGGCUGAAGAAGAGUUUUCCCGGGUAAAAGAAGAAGAUAUUCGCCAACUUGAACAAAAGCUUGGGUUAGAGAAAGACUUUGCUCCGUUUGUGUAUACAUCAAGGAGAGACCAGGAGUCGAUCAAAGACCUUGUCAAAUAUACAAUUAUGAUGGUUCCCGAUGACUCCGCCCGGGCGAAUUUCGUCAGCGCCCAAAUAGCAGACGUCGACAUGAAGAUUUCUGCUGCCAUCGAGGAAAGCAUGCGGCUCUUAAAUUUCACCAACUGGUCUUCAGUCAUGGGUUCAAUGAUGUUUACCAGUGUACUGACUACUCCUACUAUUUCACACUUCCUCUGCUCAAGGAUUAUCAGAAGCUUCGGCCUUUCAGGCUCAGCAAAGGUGAGCGAGAUCGAGCGUAUUGCUAGGAAUCUGUUAUGGAAAAAUAUGGGAAGUUUUGUGACACAGAGCUUUAGUCAAUUGGCCGUGCUCCUCGGUCUCGGUAUUGGGCUUACCGUGGGGACCGUCAUCGGCGGCAUCCCAGCUUUGGCGUCACUGCCUUUCGCUUUCAUCCCACCUGCCUCUAGGCUGAUUGCAAAAUGCACAUGCGAUCUGGUCCUCACUCUUUCCGCUGCCUUUACCAGAAAGGGUAGGUUUGUGACGAAGCAAGACUUCCAAGAAUCACUUGGGCAGUAUUGUGUUAGCCGCGAGGGACUAAGUGUCAACGGACCAUCGUCGGUGAGGGCCCUUGUCCACAAAGAGAUCGACCGCCUCAUCCCAAUCCACACCGUCAAAGUCUACGAACCUCUAAGCACCUCAAAGAUGCGAGCGGAGUUCCAGCGCAUUAUCGCACAACACCGCUUCACGCUAGAUGAGGAAUUUACCCCAGUCUACGAGGAGGAGGAAGCCGAUGUAGCGGAGGACGUGCACGGUCUUAACCAGUGGGUAGACCGGAGAGAACAGAGCCCGCCCAUCGAUGGAAGCUCGGUAACUCACAGCCCAGACCUGGCAUGGUCUGAUUCACCAAACAUCUCUCCAGCUCAAUCACCGCCACCGCCGAGCUUGCACGCCAUGAAAUCGAUGGACCAAAUCAUGUACACUAACGCUGACCCCAAGUAUAUGCACCAUCCCGUGCACGUAGCCGAGCUUCCCGGUACCUUGGUAAACGACCCUUGGAAUGGAGGCGUCGCCGAAUUACCAGCCUCCGUAGCCCGGAAUGCCUGGCAAACGGGCAUACCAGAACUGCCCUAAAACAUGAAUAUAUUGAAUCCACCUUGCUUUCCCGAGAGUUUCGUUUGUUUGUCUAUUCAUCUGUUUGUUAUGGCGG